AUGGUCGAAGAGGAAGACGGUUCUCAAGGGGAGGCUUCUGGCUCUCCAAGGGAGCCAAGAGUUCCGGUUACUGGUCUAAGGGGUUCGAAGGGUUCUUGGGUAGGAGCGGUUCAGGAAAAUCGAUGUCUGAGGAAAUACGAGGUUGAGGUUGCGAUGAAGGAUGGGGUGUGUUCUGUCUUGGUUCCGGAGGAGAUUACGAAGGAUGUGGCACCGCUUUGGGAGGAUUUUCUCAUAGGAAAAUUUCUCGAUGAAGCUCCCCACAUUGCAAAGAUUCAUGCUAUUGUCAACAAAAUCUGGACUCUCAAUGACAAGAAGCAAAUGAUUGACGUUUUUGAGGUGAAUAAAACUUCGAUGAAGUUCAGGGUUCCAAAUCAGGCGGAUAGAAAUAGGAUACUCAGGCGUGGAAUGUGGAACCUCGCCGGUAUCCCCGUGGUUGUGACGAAAUGGUCUCCGGUAAUAGAGAAAGAGAAGGCUCCGGCGCAGGCUAUUCCGAUAUGGGUGCACUUAAAGAAUGUGCCUAUCAACAUGUUCUCAUGGAAAGGUCUGAGCUAUGUCUCAAGUCCGAUUGGAAUUUCUGGUGGAAUACUCUUACCCUUGGUUGCAUCUAAAUGCCCAAAGUGUGAGGAGUGGGGACACUCAGUCAAAACAUGUCCAAACAAUAAGAGUAUGCAGAAGGAAGUGCAGAUAGAGAAAGAGAAGGAGGUUGAGCAGGGGGAAGAAGAAGGAAUGGGUAGUCUGUCUACGGAUAACGGGCUGGAGAUUGAUCAGGAGAAGGCAGAGAAGCUGAUUGAGACCCAAAUGACUAAUAGGUUGGAAGCACUCUACAUUUCCUCUAAUGAAGUGACAGAGAAAUCUCAAGUUCAAGAACAUCAGACGUGUGAAAUGGAGCAAGCGCGUCUGGUAGAAAGAUCUGUGGGUGUGGAAAGUCCAGUCUCAGGAGAGGUUCAAGAAGGUUCUAUAGAGGAAAAGGAGGAAGAUAAGGAAAAAGAGAAGGAGUGGUUGGAUGUCUCUCCCGGGAAAUCGAGCCGGUCUCCUUUGAAAAACCUCAAAUUUGGCCAGGUUGCCAUUCUAACAAACUCCAGAUUCUCGGUGUUGAGCUCGGAGGAGGAAGGGGAAAUUGUUGGAGAGCAGAGUGAGGAAUGUGUGGAUGUAGAUGAAGAGGUGUGUGCGUCUGUGGCAAAGAAGGACACAGUCAUUCCCCGUCAAUCUCUCCCCAAAGAUUCGAAGCUCAAGCACAAGGUCUUAGGUGAAAAAUCUGUUCAGAAAGCGCAGGAUGCAGAAUGGAUACGGAAGUGUGGUUUUCAGUUUGGAUUCUUGAUUGAAACAAGGGUGAAGGAAAAUAAAGCAAAGGGGAUACUUGCAAAGGUCUUCCCGGGCUGGUCGUAUAUUACAAAUUAUGAUUAUCACAGACGGGGUAGGGUAUGGAUUGUAUGGAGGCCGAAUGUGAGAGUCACUCCAUGCUUUCAAAGUACGCAGUUGGUGACGGUUUCAGUUCUAUUGGAGGGUAUGGUGGAUGGUAUAUUUUGCUCUUUUGUCUACGGGCUUAAUUUGGAGGAGGAAAGGAGGGAGCUUUGGGGAGACAUUAAGGCUCACCAAGACUCUCCCAUUAUUCGGAAGAAGCCGUGGCUAGUGUGUGGUGACUUCAACGAGAUCUUAGACGGAGAGGAGCACUCAAAUUUUGACGGGAAUUAUGAUUCUACUGGAAUGAGAGAGUUUCAGGAGAUGGUUCACUAUGGUUCACUGGUAGACAUGUUUUACCAGGGGCCCAGAUUUACUUGA